AUGGCUGAGCCAGGCCAGCCCCAGGAGAGCAGCAGUCUGCAGAGGAAGAAACCUCCAUGGCUCAGAGUGGACAUCCCCCCACAGACGUCCCUGGAUGAGCCCUCAACAUUCAUACAGCCGGUGAAGAGGCAGGGGUUCCUGCGCAGUGUGAGCAUGCCUGGCGAGAACAUACAAUCAGGCAUCGCAACCUUUGACACCAGCAACCAUCUCCAACCCCCCUUGCAGCGCCAGCCCUCCAUCACACAGACCAUCAAGAGGGGCACGGCAGACUGGUUCGGGGUCAGUAAGGAAAACGACAGCACCCAGCGAUGGAGGAGGAAGAGCCUGCAGCACUGCAACCUGCGUUACGGCCGCCUCAAGGCCCAGGUGAUGAGGGAGAUGGAGCUGUCCAGCCAAGACAAUCUGUCUCUGACCAGCACUGAGACCCCACCACCCCUCUACCUCCCCCCACACCACCAUCACCACCACCCCCACCACCCCUAUGCCAUGCAGCGGAUUGUGGACCCCCUGGCGCGGGGCCGUGCGUUCCGCAUGGUGGAGGAGGUAGAUGGUUACAGCGUACCCCAGACCCCCAUCACCCCUGGUGCCGCCUCUCUCUGCUCAUUUUCCAGCUCGCGCUCCGCCCUCAACAGGUUACCGCGGCGACGCAAGCGAGAGUCGGUCGCCGUCAUGAGCUUCAAGGCCGCCGCAGCGCUGGUUAAGGGCCGUACGGUGAGGGAGAGGGAGGGCGCUGCCCGGCGGUGUCGCAGGCGGAGCUUCAUGCCAGUGAGUUUCCUGGAGGACGACACAGUGGACUUCCCUGACGAGCUGGACACCUCCUUCUUUGCUAGAGAUGGUCUGAGGAGAGGAGAUGAGGAGCUGUCUACCUAUGCAGACGAUGUGUUUGAUUCUCCGUCUGAGGCCGCCAUUAAAGAGGAGGAGUCUAACACAGCAGCGGAUGAGAGUGACCUCACAGGUGGCGCCUUGGACAAGAACGAACUGGAGAGGAGUCACCUGAUGCUGCCCCUGGAGCGGGGCUGGCGUAAAGGUAAAGAACCUGGACUGUCUCAGGUCCAGCCCAAGAUGCGUCUGCGCCAGGAGGUGGUGAGUGUGAGCGGGCAGCGGCGAGGCCAGCGGAUCACAGUGCCCGUCAAGAAGCUCUUCGCCAGGGAGAAGAGGCCCUACGGCCUAGGAAUGGUGGGCAGGCUCACUAACAGAACCUAUCGCAAACGCAUCGACAGCUUCGUCCAGCAACAGAUAGAGGACAUGGACGACCACAGGCCUUUCUUUACCUACUGGAUCACAUUUGUCCACCUGUUAAUCACCAUCCUGACUGUUUGUCUCUACGGCAUCGCCCCUGUGGGCUUCUCCCAGCACGAGACCGUCGACUCGGUAUUGAGAAAUAAAGGUGUUUAUGAAAAUGUCAAGUUUGUGCAACAAGAAAACUUCUGGGUGGGACCAAAUUCUGAGGCGCUAAUCCACCUGGGGGCUAAGUUCUCCCCCUGCAUGCGUCAGGACCAGCAGGUCCAUGACCUGAUCCAGGAGAAGAGAGGAAGAGAGCGGGAGUCAGCCUGCUGUGUGAGGAACGACCGCUCCGGCUGUCUUCAGACCUCACAGGAGGAGUGCUCUUCUACUCUAGCAGUAUGGGUGAAGUGGCCUCAUCACCCCAGUGCUCCUCUCCUGGAGGGGAAGGUCCGUCAGCACGGCUCAGUCUGCCACCAGGACCCCAGAAUAUGCCUGGAGCCAGCCUCUGUGUCGCCUCAUGAGUGGCCUGAUGACAUCACCAAGUGGCCAGUGUGUACCAGGUACAACCCAGGCAACCACACUAACCUCCCCCACGUAGACUGUGCCAUCACCGGACGGCCAUGCUGCAUUGGGACCAAAGGGAGGUGCGAGAUCACGUCCAGAGAGUACUGUGACUUUAUGAAGGGCUACUUCCACGAGGACGCUACUCUCUGCUCCCAGGUGGCCUGUAUGGAUGAUGUGUGUGGCUUGCUUCCUUUCCUCAACCCUGAGAUCCCAGACCAGUUCUACAGACUCUGGCUCUCUCUAUUCCUCCAUGCUGGGAUCCUGCACUGCCUGGUGUCGGUGCUCUUCCAGAUGACCAUCCUGAGGGACUUAGAGAAGCUGGCCGGCUGGCUGAGGAUCUCUAUCAUCUACAUCGUCUCUGGCAUCACUGGCAACCUGGCCAGCGCCAUCUUCCUGCCCUACAGAGCAGAGGUUGGUCCAGCUGGCUCUCAGUUUGGUAUCCUGGCCUGUCUGUUUGUUGAGCUGUUCCAGAGCUGGCAGAUCCUGGAGCGUCCGUGGAGGGCUUUCACCAAGCUGUUGUGUGUCGUCAUCUUUCUCUUCUCCUUUGGCCUGCUGCCCUGGAUAGACAACUUCGCCCACAUCUCCGGAUUCAUCUCUGGACUCUUCCUCUCCUUCGCCUUUCUGCCAUACAUCAGUUUUGGCCGUUCGGACAUGUACCGUAAGCGUGUCCAGAUCUGUGUGUUCCUGUUGGUGUUCCUGGGUCUCUUCUCAGGGCUGGCUGUACUGUUCUACAUCCACCCGGUCAAGUGUGAGUGGUGUGAGUACCUCACCUGUAUUCCCCUCACUGACAAGUUCUGUGACAAGUACGACCUCAACGCCCACCUCCACUGACCCGGCCUUUGACUGUACAAUUGCAAUGACUAGAAUGGACAAUCUCAAAGAACUAUAGCCUCACGCGCCAGGAUAGCAGGACAAAAGGGUCGGCUGGUGAACAAGACUCUAAGCAACGUCAUGGCAUGGACCAGACCGGCGGCCAUAUUUGGUGUAGCAUUCAGGACAUUGGACGUGAAGAUUGCCAAUCUUGGAAAAAUAACUGUUGAUCUUAAUAACUGUUGAUCUGUCUCCAUUCGAUUUUGUUUA